AAGAGUGGGGGUCAGUUUCAGGGAGUCACGUGACAUCCCUUGCCCCGAACCAAACUGCGCCUUGUCUACGUCGACUCACGCAGGGUUUGGAAGAUUCUCUUGAUUUUUAAUACGGACGACAGUCACGCUGCUUACCAUCUGCAUGAGAUCUAUUUAUAGUUUUCAUCAUAAUUUGUCUAUACGUCGAUUAGAUGACAUGAGAACUUACGAAUAUUGUUUUGCACUGAAGUACGAUACCAUUACUGGCAAUACCCUCUGUUAAUUCGUGGAAGAGAGAAGGGCAACGGAAUAUUGUUCUUUGGUGCUUUUCCACGGAUUCACGCAAAGGCCUGCCGUAGCAGACGACACGAGAGUGUGUGGAUUCAACGAUGAAUACGUGAUGUUAUACUAAUGACAGCAAACAUGUGGGGCCUUCGUGUGACGCUAUUUCUACUUCUUCAGGGCAUAAUUUCUACCCGAGCGACCGUAAUCGUGACGUUUCAUCUCCUAACAUACCUGAAUCCUUCAAGUAAGCAGCUCGAUGGUGUCUGUUGCGAUGGCAUCUCUACAGACAUAUGUGAUACCAAGUGCGACAACAAAUUUGAAAUAUGCUUCGGGCCUCUUGGAAACGACACUACCACUGAAGACUGUCCUUUUGGAAAGUAUAAAACAAGGAAGAUACACGAGGAUCGGGACCUGUUCCUCUUUCCUACUCCACUCCCUGGUGGUGUACCCAACCCGAUGAUCAUCAGGAUUGAAGAAUGGAAGGGAGGUUUUCGACUGCAAAUGAAUGUUAUGGAUACCAACUCCUACUACGAUCCGGAAAUACUGGUCGAUGUCUACAGGCGCAACUUCCAUAUGCGACCUGGAAGGAGUCCGGUACGAGCUCGUAAGAACAGGAUGGUUCUUGAUGGAGAAGGCUCUUCCAGGCUUGUUAUAGACGUUAAACUAUACUGUGAUUCACAUUACUAUGGUCCAGAGUGUUCUGUCUUCUGCCGACCCCGAGGAGAUGGAAUCGAUCACUUCUACUGUGACCCUCUAACAGGAGGUAUCAUUUGUGAUGCUGGUUAUACUGGACACCGGUGUGCAGAGGAAAUCGAUGAAUGCGCUUCGGUGCCAUGUCAAAAUAACGGAACUUGCCACGACGUGGUGAACGGCUUUUGGUGUACAUGUCAAGAGGGUACGACUGGCAAUGUGUGUCAAACGAAUCCCGACGACUGUCAACUGAACGAGUGUACAAACGGAGCGUCAUGUGUCGAUGGAUAUGCCGCUUAUACCUGCAUCUGUCCCCCAGGGUUCACUGGGACAUACUGCGAGUUCAAUAUCAACGAAUGUGCCAGUUAUCCUUGUCACAACAAUGCUAUCUGCUCCGACGGUAUUGAUGGAUAUAUCUGUCUCUGUGUUCCUGGGUUUACCGGUACUCAUUGUGAGACUGACAUCGAUGAAUGUGCAAGUGAUCCCUGUUACAACGAUGCCACUUGUAUAGACAGAAUUAACAAGUAUAAAUGUAGAUGUGUCAAAGGCUAUGAAGGAGAACAUUGCGAGGUUAAUAUCAACGAAUGUGCCAGUGAUCCUUGUCAAAAUGGAGCGACCUGUGUUGAUGAAGUCAAUGGCUUUGAAUGUACUUGUAACCAAGGAUAUCAAGGAAAAGUCUGCCAUAUUAACACGGACGAAUGUAAAAGUAAUCCAUGUUUUAACGGAGGGGAAUGCCUAGAUGGGGUUAACGGCUACAAUUGUAGUUGUGCUCCUGGGUACAAUGGAGUACACUGCGAGUUAAACAUUGACGAAUGUGCAAGUAAUCCUUGCAUUCAUGACAGCACCUGCAAUGAUCUUGUCAAUGGAUAUCGGUGUGAUUGUCUACCGGGGUACGAAGGUGCAGAAUGUCAGAUUGAAAUAGAUGAAUGCAACAGUGAUCCUUGCCAAAAUGAAGCACCGUGUGUCGAUGUUGUUAAUGGAUACAUAUGUGUGUGCCUUCCCGGAUACGAAGGACCCGAAUGUGAGACGGAUACCGACGAAUGUUACAGCGAUCCUUGUCAAAAUGAUGGCAGAUGUCUCGAUAGAGUCGAUGGAUACGUAUGCGAAUGUGAAGAAGGUUUCGAAGGAAUUCACUGCGAAAUUAACAUCGAUGAAUGUGAAAGUGCACCUUGUAUGAACCAAGGAACAUGUGAAGAUGGAAUAAAUGGAUACACCUGCAUUUGCAAGCCAGGAUUUACAGGAUUGGAAUGUGAAAUUAACAUCGACGAAUGUGCGAGUGGUCCAUGUCAAAAUGAUGCCUCUUGUGUUGACGGAGUGAAUGGUUACAUCUGUGAGUGUACACCAGGAUAUAACGGUAUCUUCUGUGAAAUCAACAUAGAUGAGUGUGCAUCUUUGCCUUGCGUGAAUGGUGCGACAUGCACGGAUGAAGUUAACGGGUAUACAUGUAGUUGUAGUCCAGGAUACAGCAAUGUCCAUUGUGAUGUAGAAAUAAACGAGUGCGCAAGUGUUGUUUGCCAACAUGGCGGAACAUGUAUUGAUCAUAUCAAUCGGUAUGAAUGUGUAUGUUCACCUGGAUACACUGGCUUACAAUGCGAGAUUGAUAUAAAUGAAUGCGAGAGUGACCCAUGUCAAAAUGGCGCAACUUGCAAAGACCGCGUUAAUGGAUACCAGUGUAAAUGCUCACCAGGUUACGAAGGACCGAACUGUGAAAUUAAUAUUGACGAGUGUUCCAGCUCACCAUGUGAGAAUGGUGCUUCUUGCGUUGAUGAAACGAAUGAGUAUACGUGCACGUGUCACCCUGGAUAUGAAGGAGUACAUUGUCAAACGGACAUUGCUGAGUGUUCCAGCGACCCCUGUCAAAACGGUGCACUCUGCGUUGACAAAGUCAAUCAAUAUCGAUGCAAAUGCAAGGCAGGAUACACAGGAACAAACUGUGAGAUUGAAAUAGACGAGUGUUCAAGCGACCCUUGUGACAACGGUGCUCUGUGCGUUGAUGAGGUAGACGGAUAUAAAUGUGAAUGUGUCCCGGGUUACACAGGGACACACUGUGAAACCAACAUUGAUGAGUGUGAAAGCUCCCCUUGUGAGAAUGGAGGAUCUUGUAAUGAUGAUAUCAAUCGGUUUAGCUGCAGUUGUUUACCUGGGUACAACGGACGAGUAUGUCAAAAGAAUAUUGAUGAAUGCGCAAGUAAUCCAUGCUUCAACAAUGCCAUAUGUGCAGAUUCGGUAAAUGGAUACUACUGCAUGUGUGUUCCCGGCUUUGAGGGAAUACACUGUGAAACAAACGUUAACGAAUGCCAGUCUGACCCCUGUUCCAAUGGGGCCUUGUGUAUGGAUGGUAUCAAUGGUUACAGAUGUAAAUGUGCUCCUGGUUUUGAUGGGGUACACUGUGAAAAUGACAUUGAUGAAUGUGGAAGCUCUCCUUGUUUCCAUGGUGCCGAAUGUAUUGACCGUGUCAAUAAAUACAAGUGUAGAUGUCUCCUCGGAUAUGCAGGUACACAUUGUUUAGUGGAUAUCGAUGAAUGUGCUAGCGGUCCUUGUUUGAAUGGGGCCUCGUGUCUAGAUCAAAUCAAUCAGUUUGAAUGUGUUUGUGUCCCUGGAUUUGAGGGAGUCACGUGCGAAACUGACAUAGAUGAAUGCUCUAGCUCUCCAUGCCAGAAUAACGCUACAUGUGUGGACCACAUCAACCACUACACCUGUAACUGUUUGCCAGGGUUCGAAAGCACACAUUGCCAUGUAGACAUUGAUGAAUGUUCAAGUAAUCCAUGUGAACAUGGAUCCUCUUGUGAGGACCUGAUCAAUGGUUAUCAAUGCCACUGCCGUCCCGGAUAUGAAGGAGUUCAUUGCGAAAUUGAAAUAGACGAGUGCCAUAGUGAUCCCUGUUUGAACGGUGCAACCUGCAUAGACCGAAUCAACAAGUAUAGGUGCAAUUGCUUACCUGGCUACUCAGGUGUUUAUUGUGAAGUAAACGUGGAAGAAUGUGAAAGCGACCCUUGCGAAAAUGGAGGAUUUUGUGAAGACCACGUCAACCAUUUCGUUUGCCAGUGCCAACCAGGAUUCAACGGGAUGGUUUGUGAGAUGAAUAUUCAAGAGUGUGAAAGCAAUCCAUGUUUGAAUAAUGCCACGUGUGUUGACGGUAUCGAUGGAUAUCAAUGCGACUGCAAACCCGGCUUUGAAGGAACACACUGUGAUGUAGACAUUGACGAGUGCGGAUCUGAUCCUUGUCUAAAUGGAGCCACUUGUUCUGACAAGAUAAACCACUAUAUCUGUAACUGUGAUCCAGGAUACGUUGGUACUCACUGCGAACAUGAAGUUGAUGAAUGCGAAAGCUCACCUUGUCAAAAUGGUGCUAGCUGCAUUGAUCGUGUGAACAAAUACAAGUGUAAAUGCUUACCAGGAUAUACUGGUACCCACUGCGAAAUUGAUAUCAAUGAAUGCGAUUCAGACCCAUGCCAGAAUGAUGCCACCUGUCUGGAUAGGAUCGAUGAGUACGUUUGUGAAUGCACUCCGGGAUAUGAAGGAACACACUGUGAGGUUGACAUUGAUGAAUGCGCAAGCUCACCUUGCAUGAACGACGCAUCAUGUGAAGACAAAGUGAAUGGAUACACGUGCCAUUGCUUAGCAGGAUAUGAAGGAAUACAUUGUGAAUCAGAAAUCAACGAAUGCUCUAGCAAUCCGUGUCAGAACGACGCUGUCUGUUCCAACCUCGUUAACGAAUAUGAAUGCAUUUGCAACCCUGGCUUUACAGGUGUACAUUGCGAGGUGGAUAUUGAUGAAUGCAUGAGCGGCCCUUGCAUGAACAACGCAACUUGCAUAGACCGUGUGGAUAGGUACAAAUGCAAAUGUGUCCCAGGAUUUGAAGGAAUCCACUGUGAAACUAACAUUAAUGAAUGUGAAAGCUCACCAUGUCGAAACAACGGCGUCUGUGUUGAUGAAAUAAAUCAAUUUACAUGCCAGUGCCUUGCUGGCUUUCAAGGUAUCCUUUGUGAAGUAAAUAUAGAUGAAUGCAGUAGCAUGCCUUGCCAGAAUAAUGCCACAUGUCUCGAUGAAAUUAAUAGAUAUUCCUGUGAGUGUCUUCCAGGCUUUAAAGGGAUUCACUGUGAAACGGAUAUUGAUGAAUGUGCGUCAUCACCAUGUGAGAAUGGAGCAACAUGUAUAGACAACAUCAAUGGAUUUUACUGCAACUGCGUUCCAGGAUACAUAGGAACAUUCUGUGAAACAGACGUUGAUGAGUGCGAAAGUGACCCAUGCCAGAAUGGGGCACUUUGUGUUGAUCGAGUGAACAGAUACAAAUGUCGGUGUUUGGACGGUUUUGAGGGUACUCACUGCGAGGUUAACAUAGAUGAAUGUGGCAGCAACCCGUGUUUUAAUGGUGCCCCGUGUAUCGACAUGAUAGAUGCAUUCGAGUGUACUUGUGUUCCAGGAUUUGCAGGAGUGACUUGUGAAACAAAUAUUAACGAAUGCACAAGCGAGCCAUGUUUUAAUGAUGGAAGAUGUGUAGACUUGGUUGCCGGAUACAUAUGCGAAUGCCUUGAGGGAUUCAAUGGACGUCACUGCAAUAAUGACAUAGACGAAUGUGAUAGUAGUCCGUGUUUGAACAAUGCAACUUGCAUCGACCAAGUGGACGAAUAUGUGUGCCGAUGUUGGCCAGGUUAUGAAGGUAUUCACUGCGGAAUUGACAUCGAUGAAUGUACCUCAUCACCAUGCGAACAUGGAGCUACUUGUGUAGAUAUGAUAAAUGGCUACGAAUGUGAAUGCCUACCUGGAUAUGAAGGAAUCCUUUGUGGGAUAGAUACAGAUGAAUGCGAUAGUGAUCCCUGUCAAAACGCGGGAACUUGUAUCGACCGAGUGAACAAAUAUAAGUGCAAAUGCCGACCUGGCUUUGAAGGAAACGAAUGUGAAGUUGAUAUCAAUGAAUGCAGCAGUGAUCCUUGUAGUAAUGGAGCAACUUGCCGGGACGAAAUCAAUGGAUUCGUUUGUGAGUGUACUGCUGGAUUUGAAGGAAUUCAUUGUGAGGUGGACAUCGACGAAUGUGAAAGCGGACCUUGUGAAAAUGGUGCUACAUGUGUGGAUCAAGUGAAUGGAUAUUCUUGUAGUUGUGACCUUGGAUACGAUGGCAUUCUCUGUGAAAUUAACAUCGACGAGUGUGGAAGUAACCCAUGCUUGAAUGGUGCGAGUUGUCUCGAUAAGAUCAAUGGAUACAUGUGCCAAUGUGCAGAUGGGUAUGAUGGCAUCCUCUGUGAGAACAACAUAGAUGAGUGUGCUAGUGCACCUUGUUACAACGAUGGCAAAUGUAAAGACAAGGUAAACGGUUACAUGUGUAAAUGCCAAGAAGGAUUUGAAGGAGUGCACUGUGAAAAUGACAUUGACGAGUGCUUCAGUUCUCCAUGUAUGAAUUCAGCAAAUUGUGUAGAUUCUGUUGCUGGAUACCAGUGUGAAUGCAGUCCUGGUUAUACGGGUAUCCAUUGUGAAACAGACAUUGAUGAGUGUGCCAGUUCUCCUUGUGAAAAUGGAGCUACCUGCAUGGAUGAGGUUAAUGGAUACACCUGUUCAUGUGUUCCAGGUUACCGAGGUGUCCUUUGUGAAGUCGAUAUAAACGAAUGUGCCAGUGAUCCAUGCCACAACAAUGCUACAUGCGUGGAUAAAGUCGACAGAUAUAAAUGCAUUUGUGUUGCUGGUUUUCGUGGUAAGGAAUGCCAAUCCAACUUUGAUGAAUGCACUAGCAAUCCGUGUUUGAACGACGGGCAAUGCGAGGAUGGCGUAAAUGAUUAUGUAUGCCAUUGUCAACCAGGCUAUACCGGUGAUUUGUGUGAAAUUGACAUUGAUGAAUGCCAAUCAUCGCCUUGUCAAAAUGACGCUCUCUGUAUUGACCAAAUCAACGGGUUUACUUGUGACUGCGAGGAUGGUUAUGAUGGAACCUUGUGCUCAACUGAUAUCAAUGAAUGUUCCAGUCAACCUUGUUUGAAUAACGGAAGUUGCACUGACUUUGUAAAUCGAUUUGAAUGCAGUUGCGUACCAGGGUUCGAAGGGACACUAUGUGGAGAAAACAUAAAUGAAUGCAGAAGCAACCCAUGUUUGAAUAAUGGUGAGUGUAUUGACGACAUCAAUAUGUAUUUCUGCAGAUGCGCUGCUGGAUUUGAAGGUGUACAAUGCGAAAUUGAAAUUGAUGAAUGUUCUAGCAAUCCUUGCCAAAAUGAUGCCCGCUGCCUUGAUCAUGUGAACGGCUACAACUGUGAAUGCGUACCAGGUUAUGAAAGCACCUAUUGUGAGAUUAAUACUGACGAAUGUUUGAGUGACCCAUGCUUACAUGGAGCGACUUGCCAUGACAUGAUUAACGAAUACCAGUGUUUGUGCCGAGCAGGAUACAAUGGUGCGAAUUGUGAGAAUAAUAUUAACGAAUGUAUCAGCGAGCCAUGUUUUAAUGAUGGCAUCUGCAUGGACAAAGUCAACCGAUACAAAUGCUUGUGUCAAGAUGGAUUUGAAGGAGUCCAUUGUGAAGUUAAUAUCGAUGAGUGCGCAAGUGAUCCCUGCAUGAAUGCUGGUGUGUGUUUUGACCAGGUUAAUAGCUAUCAGUGUCUUUGCCAACCGGGAUUCACGGGCGUUCAUUGCGAGAUAGAUAUCGACGAAUGUAGUAGCGAACCAUGCCAAAACAAAGCAGACUGUCUUGAUUUCAUAUCCAGAUAUGAGUGUCAAUGUAAACCUGGAUAUGAAGGUAUUCACUGCGAAACGGACGUCAACGAAUGUGAGAGCAAUCCUUGUUUUAAUGGUGCUACAUGCACAGAUAAAGUGAAUCGGUUUAGGUGUUCCUGUCUUCCUGGAUAUGCAGGAGAGUUGUGUGAAAUAGAUAUAAAUGAAUGCCAGAGCUCACCUUGCCAAAACGGAGCCAGAUGUCAGGACCAGAUCAAUGGAUAUGUAUGUCUUUGCCCUUUUGGAUUCGAUGGAGCGCAAUGCGAAGUUGAUAUUGACGAAUGUGCUAGUUCUCCUUGUUACAAUGGGGGACUUUGCCUGGACAGAGUCAAUGGAUAUGAGUGCCAGUGCAUUGCCGGUUUUACCGGUGUAGGGUGUGAAACAAAUAUCAAUGAAUGUUUAAGUAACCCAUGCCAAUAUGACUCUGAAUGCGUAGAUCAUGUCAAUGGAUAUAGUUGCAUAUGCAAUCCCGGAACUGAAGGUACUCAUUGCGAGAUUGAUAUCGAUGAAUGCUCAAGUCAGCCAUGCCAAAAUGGGGCACGAUGCAAAGAUGGUAUGAAUGGAUAUAGAUGUCGAUGUGCUGUCGGGUACGACGGGAUGCAUUGCGAGGUCGACAUAGACGAGUGUGCGAGCUCUCCUUGUCAAAACAUGGCACCGUGUAUAGAUUUAGUGGAUGGAUACUCUUGUGAUUGUAGACCAGGAUUUUCAGGUACACAUUGUGAAAUAAAUAUCAACGAAUGUGUAAGUGAGCCUUGUGCUAAUGGAGGGACCUGUAGAGAUCAGAUUAAUGGAUACAUAUGUGGCUGUCUUUUAGGAUAUGAUGGUAUUCAUUGUGAAAAUGAUAUAGAUGAAUGUGAAAGCUCACCUUGUCAGAAUGGAGCCAACUGUUUGGAUAACAUCGACCAAUACAUAUGCGAGUGUUUGGACGGAUUCAUGGGAACCAAUUGCCAAGUAGAUAUCAACGAAUGUGCUAGCUAUCCUUGUAGGAACGGCGGAACAUGCUUUGAUAAAGUAAAUGGAUACAAUUGUUUUUGUGAUUCAGGGUUUGAGGGAUCUAAGUGUCAAGUGAAUAUCGAUGAAUGCGAAAGUUCUCCUUGUCUCAAUGGAGGGUACUGCAUAGAUCAGAUCAAUUCAUUCAUGUGCCGGUGUGAUGCAGGAUUUGAAGGAACCUUCUGCGAGAUCAAUAUCGACGAGUGCGCAAGUGACCCAUGUAAGUUUGCAUCUACCUGCUAUGACAAAAUUGACGGGUAUGGAUGUGAAUGUCUCCCAGGCUAUUAUGGUGUACAUUGCCAGUUUGAGCUAGACGAAUGUGUGAGCGCACCAUGCGGUCAUGGUGGACAGUGCAUCAACGAAGUAAAUGGAUUCACCUGUGACUGUGCUGCGGGAUAUGAAGGUGUCACUUGUGAAGUUGACAUAGAUGAAUGCAACAGCCAACCCUGUCAGAACGGUGGAACAUGCUUUGAUGGAAUCAAUGGAUACGACUGCGAAUGUGUCGAGGGUUUUGGUGGUAACGACUGUCAAAUAGAUAUCGAUGAAUGUGCGAGCAUUCCAUGCCAGCAUGGUGGUACCUGUCAGGACCUUAUAAAUGGAUAUAGCUGUACCUGCAUAGUGGGUUUUGAAGGUGCCCAUUGCGAAACGAAUAUCAACGAAUGUGAAAGCAAUCCUUGUUCAAGCUAUGGAAGAUGCAUAGAUGGGGUGAAUAGGUAUCGAUGCAGAUGUCGUCCAGGGUUCAUGGGUGCUCAUUGUGAGAUUGAUAUUGAUGAGUGCCAGAGUGAUCCAUGUUACCACGGCAGCAGGUGUGUUGAUGGCCUGAACGGAUACACGUGCCAAUGCAGAUCUGGUUACCAGGGGUCGCGCUGUCGAGAUGAGGUCGAUGAAUGUAUCAGUAGCCCGUGCAUAAAUGGCCUUUGCCUUGAUAGAUUAAAUGGAUACCGCUGUCAUUGCAUUAAGGGAUUUUAUGGAAGAAAUUGUGAAGUAAAUCGCGACGAAUGCAUCAGUGAUCCCUGUCUUAAUGGUGCUACUUGCCAGGAUGCAAUCAAUGGCUAUAACUGCCAAUGUCCCAUAGGAUAUGAAGGAGACCACUGUGAAAUCAUAACCGAUGAAUGUCAGAGUGAUCCUUGUCAAAAUAAUGCAACCUGUGUGGAUGGAUUUAAAGAAUAUACAUGUGAAUGCGUUCUUGGCUUCGAAGGAAUCAAUUGUGAAAUAAACAUUAACGACUGUGCUAGUGACCCUUGUCAAUAUAGAUCAACUUGCCUCGACGGAAUCGACAGUUACGAAUGCCAAUGUGUUCUUGGUUAUAAAGGUGAGCACUGUGAAUUUGAAAUCAACGAAUGUGACAGCCAACCAUGCAAAAAUGAUGGAACCUGCCUAAAUGGUGUGAACAGUUUCUAUUGCUAUUGCCCACCGGGCUUUGAAGGUUGGUUAUGUGAGAUACAAAUAGACGAAUGCGAAAGUGAUCCUUGUCUUCAUGGUGGGAGUUGUAUUGAUCUAACUGCGGGAUUCAUCUGUCAAUGUGAAGAAGGAUUCUCGGGUAUCCGAUGCGAGGCUGUUCUUGAUCAAUGCAAGCUCAAUCCUUGCUAUGGAAAUGCUACAUGCGUCACCAGAACUGACGAUUUCAGGUGCCUCUGUCCUCCUGGAUAUUCGGGUCUGGGUUGUGAAGACUAUGAUGAGGACGGUUGUGGGUCGACCAAGUGCUUCGACGGUCAGUGUUUGAUCGAUAGAGUAACUGACGAUGACGUCAUAUAUAGCUGUAAAUGCAACCGUGGAUUUAUUGGAACUGAAUGCCAGACAUAUUUACUGAACAUCACAGCUAGCUUGCUGAUUGAGGAAAAGCACUCACAACUGAGCGGCCUGGAGUACAAGAUGAAGGAAGUACUAAUGGAAGCCAUGGGGAAGACUGAGGACAUCCAUAAUUGUUCCAAUGUGGACAUCGCUAUAAUAGACACGACGACAGGCAACGGAGCCUUAUCAGGAAUGGAAUUUACGAACGUAACAAUCUACGCCAUGCUGGAUGAUAAGCCUGCCGAUCGCGAUUCUCUAUCACUGAUGCUGAGAGCUCUUCCUCAAGCCCAUGUCAACAAACUCAUCCAUCCUUAUCGCCUCUUUGUCGACAAGCAGAUGCCACCUGAUGUGAAGAUAGAAAUCAGUGUUAAUAAAAAUAAUAAGAAGAAGUCAUGGGGACAGCGGCAUUGGUAUGCUUUCUUCAUUAUCAUCCUUAUCCUCAUCGGAGUCGUGUCCGCAGUGGUAUACAUCGUUAGGAGGCAGCGGAAAGCUGAAAUUCCACCCGACUGAGGGUGAUUCAACUUCCAGGAGAAGGAACAGAAGUCAGCCGAACUCACUCGUACUCUCUGAAAAUAACAUUUGAUGAGACAUUUAUUGGUCGUGCUAAAUAUAAAAACAGGAGGGAAAUGUAAAUUAGUGUCACCGGACUUACCUUCAUUUAAGGAGAAUUUGACUAGGAAUUUCAUCCCUUUAUGGCCCUAUAUCUACAAUAUCUACAAGUUAAAUCAACAAUGCCGGAUCUGAUAAGGAUAUUGAGAAGACUGAAAGAGGACUACUGUCACGGGACCAUCUUCAACUAUGUCAAUUUUGAUAGUAGAGUCGAGUCGUUAUUCAACACAAAGUCGAUUUCUAAAUGUUUUGUAUAUUACUGGUUAUCAUAUAAUACAAGUUUAUAUUCGAUUGCAAAUAAACCUAUCGCUAUAUGAUUAUACAUGUGUGGUAAUAUGUUUGCAUUUCACUUGUAAUAGUUUCGAUCUUGCAUUUCUAAAUAGAAUAUAAGUCAUUUCAAUGUUUCCGCAUUUAUUUUCAUGGUGUAAUCUAUUUAUCUCAGUGGAUUAACUGACACGAUGAAAACGGUAAAAAAAUAAAAAAUAAACUACCACAGUUGUCAAAGAUAACAAUUUGUUGAUAUAUGAACAUGUCACUGAGAGUAAAAACCGCGGGUGCAACCCCUGUUUUUAAAAGUUCCUCCCUCUUGGAAAGUAUAACUUUACUUUACUUUAUAAUGAUAAUUCCAUACUCGUCAAUCUAUACCUUUAAAUAUAUUUAUGUUAUUUAGUAUUUUUAGGCGGUAUCAGAUGAAAUAUAAAACAUAUCUCGUCUUUUUUUAUCAAAUGAAAUGUAUUAUUUACUUCCAAAUAUUACAUUCUUAUGAACACAAAGAGUGACUACUCAAUUAAUUGAUAAUGCCAAUAAGAAUUCUCUUUCCACAUUACCUUGUGAACAAUUAUUUAUAUUUCUUUAUUUCAACGUGUCAUCGUUGAUAACAUAAACAUUGCAUUAUACAUAGCCCGAUAGAUCGAUAUUUCAUUGUUGCAUAACCAUGCCAAAAUUAUACUUGCAUGUUACAGUUAUUGUGAAAUGUAGAAUAUGUUUCUAUUUCGACCACAGCAAUUUACUAGUCAAACCCAAAGCCAGCUACCUAAAUUGUGUCUAGUUUACUCCUCCGAAGGCUCCGAUGGUAUAGUUUUCUGUAAUAGAAAAUGGGGGGGGGGGGGGACAUGCGAGAGAUCUGUUUUUUUCAUUAUCUUUAUUACAAUUUUACUAGUCUUUCAUGAAUGUAUCAUAAUCAGGUAUUACUUGUAUUGAAUAAAAUGCUGUACAUACUUUUCUACUUA